AUGUGUUGGAACGAAUGUGUAUUAUUUUACCUUGUGGAAUUUGAUGCUCUUCUUUUCAAGUUUAGGAGCCAACUACAACAGGUUGACCGUUGUAUUAACGCAGACUUUACCCUUGAUGUUGUGAUAAUGCUACGACACUGCCAAAUGAUAGCAACUUCUUUUAGCAGAUUUUUCUUGAGUAGAUUUGCAUCAUCUUUAAUGCAAAGAUUUGUGUGCUCAGAGAUUAAUUUUGGUCUUAGAAUAGGCAUUCGUUUAGUCUUAAAAGGUGGUUGUUUGUGUUUGGGCAAAUCAGUUCAACAAAUACUGGUGACCUUUGUGCUCGCAAAUUUUCAGAUUAAUUUUGGUCUUAGAGUAGGCAUUCAUUUAGCCUUAAAAGGUGGUUGUUUGCGUUUGGGCAAAUCAGUUCAACAAAUACUAGUGACCUUUGUGCUCGCAAAUUUUCUUUUUUGA